AUGGCGCCUGCAGCCGCACCAGAGCCGUCGUAUCGGAAGGACGAGAAAGUCUAUUGCUUUCAUCAUGAGCUCCUGUACGAGGCCAAGGUGUUGGAAGUGAAAGCGGCCGAUAGUGACGAUAAGAAGAGCGGCUUUCAGUACAGAGUUCACUACAAGGGCUGGAAAAACACCUGGGACGACUGGGUUCCUGAAGAUCGGCUUCGCAAGCUGUCUCCAGAGAAUCGGGAACUGGCGAACAACCUGAGGCACGAGAUGCUCGCUGCUCAACGUGCUGCAAGGGCCCAGCCUCCACCGACAAACAAGAAGAAGGCCCAAGGCUCAACCCGAGGUAGCGAGGAGCGUCAGACCUCCGCGUCUGCUGCUGCUGCACCUCGCGGUCAGAAGAGGAUGCGCGACAACGAUCUCGAAAAAGAGGAAGUCUUUCAGAACAAGCUAGCUGUGAGAAUCUACAUGCCCGACAGGCUGAAGAGUCUUCUAGUGGACGACUGGGAAAACAUCACCAAGAACUUGCAGCUCGUGCAGCUGCCUUCCGGCAAGCCAGCGGGAGUCAUCCUAGAUGAGUAUUCCGACUACGUCAAUACGUCAGGAAAUCGUAACAGUACCGAGAGAGACAUUACCGAAGAGGUCGUCGCGGGUCUCAAAGAGUAUUUUAAUAAGGCUCUUGGGCGCCUGCUACUCUACCGCUUUGAACGCGAACAGUUCUACGACAUAAAUACGCGCAUCGAUCAACCCACUGGCCAACUCACCGGCAAGACGCUUGCUGAUAUUUAUGGCGGCGAACACCUCUUGCGCCUUCUCGUUUCCAUGCCUGAACUGAUCGCGCAAACCAACAUGGAUCAUCAAGCUAUCAACCGCCUUCGUGAAGAACUCAGUAGCCUGACCACAUGGCUCUCCAAGGAGCCCCAGAUCAACACCUACUUUGCCUCUGUCUAUGAGAGCCCGGGGCAGGCCUACAUUGACAAGGUCAAGUCUAGCACCUAA